AUGGCUGCCGGUGGUGGCGUCAACCACGUCACUGGUGACGGAGUGAUCAUUGGCCGCAGUGCUGCGUGUAGGCGAACGGGGGGGAGGAUAUCCGAUUAUAAUUCUGAUGGAAUCAAAAUAGGUCCAUCGGCAAGAGAGGACGCUCAUCAAUCCAUCAGAGUAGCUGCUGCAAGCCACGCCAUCGAUACUGCCGGAGAGUAUCAAGGCCGCUUCCUUCAGCCAGCGGCGACGUGGGCAGCCAAUCAUCAAUCUUAUUCGCUUUCGGCUCCGACUUCGGCGGCGGCGAUGGCGCAUUUAUACCCGUCAGCGAAGUUUUCCACCCUCUUGCCGCAAUCCACACCUACACCCCACCACCGCUGUCGAUGA